UUCCAAUAAGAUACUUUCGCUUGGAACUUAUUCGUAUUUUUGCCGUCGACGCAUUCGGAACGUUUAAAACGCGCAUCGUACUAAAAUUAAUCGACUAUAAAAUCAGCCCAAAGCGAAAUUCAAAUAACAGUUCAAUUUAAAAACUACACAAAUUUUUCAACAUGUUCAGCUCGUUCACAGAUGCUUCGAAGUCCUCUCUGAAGAGCUUUGGCGACAAGACCGCCAACUUGUUCAGCAAGAAGAAGGAUGAGGCCGAGAAGCUGGCCAACGAAAAGGCAGCCGAGGCACAGAAACUGGCUGAGGAGCAGGCCAAAAAGGUCGGACAAUCAGUGCAGCAGACCAAGAACGAGGCCGAGCAGCUGGCAACCAGCACAGCUAAGGAUGCUGCCGCCUUGGCCGCUGCCGAGGCACAGAAGGCUGGCCAAGCGAUUGACCAGGGCGUCAAUCGCGCUGCCGGCGCCGUCAAUCAAACCAAACAGGCUGUGGACAACACCGUCAAUCAGGCCAGUGCCGCUGUCCAGAACUCAAAGCAGGUGGCCGCCAAUGUGGCGGAGGCCUCUAAAAACGCUGCUGCCAAUGCUGUCGACCAGACCAAGAAGGCGGCCAACGAGGCGAUCAACAAGAGCGUCAAGGCCGCCGAGUCUGUGGCCGAUCAAAAGCUGAAGCAGGCCGAGAACGCCAUCGAUGGCGCCUUGAAGCAGACCAGCCAGACUGUCGACCAGAAGCUGAACGAGGCCAACCAGUACGUGGACCAGAAGCGCGAAGGACUUGAGAAGAACAUCCAGGAGGCGACCAGCCAGGCACAGGAGAGCGCCGGACAGCAGGCCUCCCAGCUGCUGGGCAAGCUGCAUCUGGGCCCCAAGUAGAUGUUGCCCCCUCCUUCUAAAAACAAACAAAAGAAAAUAACGUAACUAAUUUCGUCUGUGUUUAAACCAAGAAAAUGCUUUAACAGAAACAAAAUGAAAAAAUGAAUGGAAUGCUUCAACGUAACAAGUGCCAGUAAUGUGAUUGCUAAAGAUUUAUUCAGAUAUAUAUAUAUACACUAUAUGUAUUUUUGGAUUUUUUAUAUAUAUGUAUUUGUAUUGAACACUUUAGUUUUACAUACUUCAUGCAGCGCAGCUUUUGAUAUGCACAAAGCAAAAAUAAAAAAGAAACAGUUUUUUUAUUAAGUUUUCACUAUUUUUUAUAUACAAUUAUAAAUUUGUUACUUUGAAGCAUUUGAUAUUAUAAAUAAGAAUGUUUUUAUAUAUAUGAUUAUAUACGAUAAAAUGAAAGAGCUAUGCUUUGUUAAGUAUCUAUUCUGUUUUAUGUAGAAAUGUAUAAUUAAGUAUUUUUAACUUUUUGCACAAUAAAUUACAAAAAUGUGUUUUAUCAUGUA